AUGGCUACAUUCAACCCCCCUCCGCUGGUCGACAUAGACCGAUAUGUCGGCCAUAAGCAAAGCCGCGCGCUCAAUGCCGGCGACAUCGGCAUCUUCAAAUCCACUCUUCUCCCAUCCUUCACUAUCCACUCCGGUCUAUCCAUCGCAUCCUUCAUCGCCGCCAAAGCCACCGACCGCGGUGAGAUCAAAGACUGGUGCUGGCCCUCCAGUCAAGUUUUGAACGCCUGGUGGAGCGCCAUCGGCCGGCCCAUGGCCCUCGACGAUAUCUCCUUCUCCUCUGCCUGGCGCAUGCUCCCCUGGACCGAGAAAGUGCUUCUCAGCUCCGUGACGAUCUGGGGAACGCGGCUUUUCUAUCGGAUCGCAACCCGCACUAUCACCCGUGGCAAGGACGACCCGCGAUACGACGAGCUGAAAGCGAAGGAUCCCGGAUUCUGGAAGUCCGCGUUCCUGAAGCAGUUCUUGCCUGAGGCGGCGUUCUUGACCUUCAUCACCUUGCCAUUUACGCUGCCGUUCCGAUUGAGCGAGACUUCGCUGGACAUUACGCCCCAGACGGCGGGCUUGUUACGGACUGUCGGCGUGGCGCUGUUCUCGGCCGGGUUUGCUCUCGAGGCUAUGGCUGAUAAGCAAUUGGAGUUGCAUCGCCAGGAGCGGACGGACUUGUGUCGCCAUGGAGUGUGGAGUAUCGUGAGACAUCCGAACUACCUCGGCGACGCUCUUGUCCACUUCUCCUUCGUUGUCCUGAACGCUGCCAGCUCAUUCAACCCUCUUGUCAUCCUCGGCCCCGUGGCAAACUACCUCUACUUGCGAUUCGUGGGCGGCGACAAACAGAACGAAGAAAGCCAGGAGGCGCGGUACAAGGAACAGGACCCGCACAAGUACGUGCAGCUGCAGGCUUGGAAGCAGGAGAAGAACAGCUUCUGGCCGAGCUUGGGCGAAGUGCUGAACCCGUGGACCUGGGCUGUGCUAGGAAGUGGAUUGGUGGGGGUUGUCUUGGAAGAAGGUAUCAGGGGGUGGGCCUUCCAGUAA